UUAUGAACAGUAAGACUGUAUUGAGGAAACAGAGGCGCUUUGAUGAUUCCGCUCGCAGGCGCGCGCCCUCGUGUUUCUACAUCUGAGAGAACAGGUGUGAUUAAUGUCUCCGCGCGACCAGGUGAAGAGCAGCGCUCAGAUGAGCUGUGAGAAGCCGCCGUUGCCGGGAGACGAGUUGGGGGCGGGGCAGGAGGCGUGUCCUGCGGCGGUUGGAGAUGGGCAGGUGGAGGUGGUGAGGGACGGGUGGGACAGUAAGGUGGAGUAUUUCCUGGCUCAGGUGGGAUUCAGCGUGGGGCUGGGGAACGUCUGGAGGUUCCCGUACCUCUGCCACCAGAACGGAGGAGGAGCGUUCCUGCUGCUGUACGUGGUGCUGAUGCUGGUGGUGGGGGUUCCUCUGUUCUUUCUGGAGCUGGCUGUGGGUCAGAGCAUUCGGCAGGGCAGCAUCGGCGUCUGGAGACACAUCUCACCCAAACUCGUCGGCAUCGGCUACUCCAGCUGCGUGGUGUGUUUUUUCGUGGCGCUGUAUUAUAAUGUUAUUAUUGGAUGGAGUAUAUUUUACCUGUUUAACUCGUUCCGGUUUCCGUUGCCGUGGGAGACGUGUCCCAGAGAGGGGAACUCCACAGUGGCGGAGUGUGCGGCGAGUUCCCCCACCUCGUAUUUCUGGUACCGCCGGGCUCUGGACGUGACGGACUCCAUCAGUGAGACGGGUCAGUUUAACCCCGUCAUCACCGCCUGUCUCGCUGCCGCCUGGACCAUCGUCUGCCUCGCCAUGUACAAGGGCAUCAAAUCCACCGGCAAGGUGAUGUAUUUCUCCUCGGUGUUUCCGUACGUGGUGCUGCUGUGUUUCCUGGUGAGAGGACUGAUGCUGGACGGAGCGUCGGAGGGACUCGUCUACAUGUUUAACCCCAAGGUGGAGAUCUGGGCGGAUGUGCAGGUGUGGCGUCAGGCGGCGACGCAGGUGUUCUUUGCGCUGGGUUUGGGUUUCGGCUCGGUGAUCGCGUACUCGUCCUUCAACCCGCAAAACAACAACUGCCACCGAGACGCCGUCACCGUCUCCUCCGUCAACUUCCUCACCUCCGUCCUCGCCUCCCUCGUCGUCUUCUCCGUCCUCGGAUUCAGAGCCAAGCUCCUCGCCAAGAACUGCGUCUUACGUAAUCUGAAUCUGCUGUCGGGAGUGGAGCUUCCUGAUUUGCUGGUUAACGCGACGGAGGCGGAGUCUGUCUCGUUGGAGGCGUAUGCAGAUUGGUACCAGGCCAUUGGUCGAAAUCUCGUCGUCCCCGGCAACAACAUCACUAACUGUACCCUGGAGGACGAGAUGAAGAAGGGUGUGGAGGGGACGGGUUUGGCGUUUAUAGCGUUCACCGAGGCGAUGACUCAGUUCCCCGGCUCUCCGUUCUGGUCGGCUCUGUUCUUCCUGAUGCUGCUGAAUCUCGGACUCUCCACCAUGUUCGGCACCAUGGCCGGAAUCCUCACCCCGCUCACCGACACCUUCACACACCUGCGCCGCCGCAAGCUCGCCUUUACAGUGUGUAGUUGUGUGGUGGGCUUUGUGAUUGGUCUGUUGUUUACUCAGCGCUGUGGGAAUUAUUUCGUGGUGAUGUUUGAUGAUUACUCCGCGACGCUGCCGCUCAUCAUCGUCGUCGUGUUUCAGACGGUCAGCAUCGCCUGGGUCUACGGUGCAGACAGGUUUCUGGAGGAUAUCCGGCGGAUGCUGGGCCGGCAGGUGUGGGCGGGGUAUAAGUACCUGUGGAAGUACGUGUGCUUGUUGGCGAUGUUGGGGCUGCUGAGCGCCAGUUUAGUCCGUAUGUGUAUCAGCCGACCCAAAUACAAAGCCUGGAACCGGGAGAAGGCGGAGGAGCAGGACCUGGAGUAUCCUGAUUGGGCGCUUGCCGUCCUAUCGUCUCUCAUCGUCCUGGCGGUUCUGCCCGUCCCGCUGGGAUACGCCCACUCAGUCCUUCAGCAGCGCACCAGCCAAUCAGCACAGGACACUGAGGCAAGAUACGCCCCCUGCAGCACCUCAGACCCCUCUGACUCCGCCCCCAAUGGUACACCAUUGACUGAGGAGAGCUACAGACUCCUCCCACUGGGGGAGGGAGCUGUGGAGGGGGAGGAGUCUACAGGAGUGUAAAGGCGGGACUAAAACGAAGGUUACUGAAGACUGUUUUAUACACACACACACACACACACACACUGUACACAAACACACACACAUUCUCUGCCUGGCUCCUCCUCCAGGUGGGAGGCGGUUCUGAGGGGCGGGUUUUUAGUGUAGAGCAGUUCUGACCCGUUUCAGCUGCUUUUAGACUAUUUAGACCUUUUCACCUGUGCUCGCCUGUACUGACCUGUGCUCGCCUGUACUCGCCUGUACUGACCUGUGCUCGCCUGUACUGACCUGUGCUCGCCUGUACUCGCCUGUACUGACCUGUGCUCGCCUGUACUGACCUGUGCUCGCCUGUACUGACCUGUGCUCGCCUGUACUGACCUGUGCUCGCCUGUACUCGCCUGUGCACACCUGUGCUCGCCUGUACUGACCUGUGCACACCUGUACUCGCAGGGCUCGCCUGUACUGACCUGUACUCGCCUGUACUGACCUGUGCUCGCCUGUACUGACCUGUACUCUCCUGUACUGACCUGUACUGACCUGUACUGACCUGUGCUCGCCUGUACUCGCCUGUACUGACCUGUGCUCGCCUGUACUCGCCUGUACUGACCUGUGCUCGCCUGUACUCGCCU